AUGGCAGAUCAAGCGGACAAGCCUGGCACAAAGCAACCUGACCAUCAGCCCGACAACAUUGAAGUUUACAAGUAUGGUGACAAGAAUUUAGACGCCCCUGCCUACGCUAAUGGUCUCAAAGAAGCUAAGGCAAGCAAAGCAGCGCGCGUCGUGGCGGACGUUCGCAGCUUCUACCCCUCUUCUGUUGCCAUCGCCCGGUUCCUCUGGAAUCUUGCUCUUUUUUUCUUUAAGUGCAACAUAGCUUUGCACCUGAUUGAGCACCCGAACCUGGUUGCUGCUUGCGCGGCAAUGGGCGUCCUCCUCCCUGGCCGCAAGAAACUUGCCACCACCAUGCUUGACAACGCCUACAAAGAGCUUGCCUACGACCUCCGUUCGGGCCUGAGGGCCGUUGCGUACCCCUGA